UCCGUCAAACCAACCAUGUCGUCAACCGUCGAGCACAUCGUCCUCUUCAAGGUCAAGUCCGACACCGACCAAUCGAAAGUCAACACCAUGAUUAACAACCUCAACGGCCUCAUCUCCCUCGACCCUGUUCUCCAUCUCACCUCCGGUCCGGUAAUCCGAACCGGAUCCUCUCUCUUCUCAUUCACUCACAUGCUCCACAGCCGCUACAACUCCAAGGAUGAUUUAGCCGCCUACUCUGAACACCCUGAUCACAUGAGUGUCGUCAAAGAAUCGGUCCUGCCAAUCUGUGAGGACUUAAUGGCCGUCGAUUGGGUGGCUGAUCAAUCUCCCUCCCCUGUGGCCCCACCCCCGGGGUCGGCCAUAAGAAUCACAUUUUUAAAAUUGAAGGAGAAUUUGGGGGAGGAAGUGAAAAACGAAAUAUUGGGGGUAAUUAAAGGAAUUAAGGAAAGUUUUGGGGGAAUUGAUCAACUCACUUGUGGAGAAAACUUUUCUCCGGCCAGAGCAAAAGGGUUUUCGAUUGCUUCGAUUGCCGUUUUCAAGGGAGUGAAAGAAAUGGAAGAAGCUGAUUCCAACGAGGAGUUGGUGAAAUUGCAGAAAGAGAAGAUUAAAGAUUAUAUUGAAGGCGUGAUUGUUGUUGAUUAUGUGGUGCCUUCAGCUUCCAGUCUUUAGAAAUUGUAUCUCUGAAUGGUAUGCUAUCAAGACAUCAACUUGUUUAAGAAUCAAUAAUAAUGAAGACUGGAUUAUGAACAUUUUCUUUUUAA